UAACCUUAAUGUUUGACAAUUUCAAAUGGUCUCUCUUAGCUUAAAUUUUACACUAAUAUACAAAGAGAUGAAUGAAAAGGUAAAUUAUAAUUACCAAAAAUGAGCAAAAUAUGGGUUUUUACGUUUUUAUUUAUUUUAUUAUUGUCCAAUAAGGUCAAAUGUAAUCGCCCGGAAUGCAUUAAACUGAAAACUGCAAUUACUCAAAACAUUGAACACAAUGGAUUCCACAGAGAUAUAUGGUGGUUAGUGGAAACUUCUGAACCAUCAACAGAAUCGUGGUUAAAAACAGAGUGCAAUCUAGCUCUCCGUUUGGAUGUUUCAAGGGAUAUGUAUGUCAAUCCAGAUGAAAUUGCUGAGCUGAAUAGAACUGGUGAACUUCAAGCCUUGAUAGAUGGAAAAGUCAAUGUUGAAAUACCUGCUCAUGAAGCCGACGAGCAUAUUUUGUACGUCUAUUUAAAUAACUCUUUAAUUAAAAAGUUAAUGCUCACAAUACCUAUUCACUUGAGAUAUCAAAGAAGCCAAAUCACUGGAGGAUUUGGAAAAGUUAAUUUACGUAAACCAAGUUUGCUUAUGUGGUGUCCUAAUAAUUUUAACAGUGUUUGUAAUGAUGGAUUAAAAGUUGAAGCUCCUUGUGAUGAAAAAUCCCAAGCAAGUUGUGUUUGGAAAAAUAUUUCCUAUCUUGCCCACUUUGAAGAUGCUGAACUUUUUGUACCAGUUGGAGAUUUGGAUCACUAUCCCCUAGUAUCAAUUCUCACACUGUUGUUAGGCUGUGCUGGUUGUAUUUAUAUAUUAAGUGUAUUAUCAACUACUUCUAUGUGAUGUAAUAAAACCAAAAAAACAUGCAUAUAUGUCAUGAGCAGCAUAUUUUAUUUAAAAAAUAAAUGUGCAAAAUAAAAUUUUUAUCUAAAAA